ACAAAUUCUUGUAAUUACAUUUUGGUUGUGCAGUUUUCCAAUUAUUUCAAUUAAAUUUUUGAAUAAUCAGAUGAUACGUUGCUUUUGCAGUACUCGCGGCCUUAAUAUAAAAUAGUUGGUAGCAUGUGAGAAAAAUAAUUUUGGACAAAGAUUUCUUAAUAACCUGCGAGCAGUGAAUAUAAUACUGUUACAAGAAUGGUGUUGGUCUUCAAUGGCGUGCUGCAAGAGGAGUGCCCUCCUGAUACUUCCUCCUUGUAUCAUACACACCCCCUUUAUAGAGACAGAGCUGCACAAUUAUUGGCCAUACCAAACAAAGUUGUUGGUCCGGUAGGACUUCUGUAUGUCCUUCAGAGAGAGUAUGCUGCUACAGUUCCCCUUGAUAAAAAUGUGACUAUACUGGGAACAGACGAUGUGACAAGUUGCUUGAUAGUUGUAGUGAGACAUUCAGGCUCUGGCGCUGUAGCUUUAGCUCACCUGGAUGGAUCUGGAACUGAUGAAGCCGUAUGUGCCAUGGUUCAAAGGGUACAGGAGUUAGCCAUCGGAUAUCCUGAUGGAAGAAUCGAGUUGCAGCUGAUCGGAGCAUACAGUUCGAGACCGUAUGCAGAAGAAUUAUUUUAUAGCGUAAUGAAUUCAUUUCACAAACAGUUGGUGGAGAUAGAUCUUACAUUGGCCUGCGUUGGGGAGCUGAACACCACGAUUCGUGGGGGAAUUCCUUGGCCUAUCAUAUAUGGUAUAGGUCUCAAUGUGAAGACGGGCGAUAUCUUUCCGGCUACAUUUCCUGAUAAAGGUCCUGAUUUAUCGCUGAGGAUCGCUCGAUUUCUCACAGGUUAUACGCAGGUGUCUGAUAUUUAUGAUUAUAAUAUGGGUUUAUUAAGAAUUGGUCCUUUCAACUAUCAGCCACUGAGAGGUGUCGAUUUAUGGCUUGAACAAAGUGACGAAUUUAUUUUACAACAUUUAACAGACGCUCCUGAAGUAGAACCGCCACAUGUCGUGAUGCAACUACGAGCAACCUUGAAGUAUAUUCAAGAUAAUCAAUUUCCAGCCAUCACAGUCUUUAGAGAUAACAAACCGCAUUAUUUCAGAAGGGAUGAACAAUCCGGAACCUGGAUUCCUCUGAACGAAAUUGAGAUGAAACGAAGAACAUCCAAUUUGAUAUUUAUAGGUAAAAUUUUGAAUAUUGAAAGCGGGUUACUAUUUUUGAAAAUUUUUGUCUGAAAAUUGUGGACAUCUCUCCGCAUUCCGAGCUUCAUUUAUAACUUUACAGAUCGCGAUUCUGUAUUAAAAAAAUUGCAAGAUUAAGCACAAGUCAUCAUACGUACGACUCAGCAAGAGUGAAAAGAAAACAACUGAAUUUUUAAACCAUAAUGUGGUUUACUGUUGUACCUCAAUAAUUAUUGGUUGGGCUUACUUGAUGACAAUCGUUGAAUACGUUGGAACGAUUCUAAUGAAGGUAACUGAUUCAUUUGUUUUAUAUUUUUUUAUGAUAAAGAAUAUUUUUAUAAGGAUUGUAUCUGUUAUAUAGUUGAAGAAUAUUUAGCUUUAUUUAAAUAGAGGUUAUAUUUUUAUGCUUGGACAUCAGUGUAAUUGAGAGACUUAAAACUAUAUAUGCAAAUGUGACUUGUUAUUUAUAUUCGAAUUGGGAAGAAUGGUUCUUGAAAAUUGUAUUUUUGUUCUUCUCAAAUGCUCUUAUUGAUGAAUUGUUGAUAACUUUCUUCGUUCAAAAAAAAAUUGUUAAUAUUUUUGAAUCGAUAUAUUAGUUCUAAUGAUCACUUAACGAAAUAGUUUUGUGAUAUAUAUCUUUUAUUACA